AUGUAUUCAGAUUUUAUCAAUAGUAGUGAUGAUGAACUAGAUUUUCAGAAUCAGAUAGUUGAGUACUUGAAGCACAUUUGUGUCCAUGAUACAAUUCCAUCUUUCAAAGGUGACAAUUCUAAAUACUCAUACUUUGAAGAUUCAAAUAUCCUAGGAACUGGGUUUAUAGAGAGAAUUUCUUCUGAUUAUGAUCAUGGUAAGGUAUAUCUUGAUAUUAACCCUAGCAAGCUAUUUGUAGAGGGCAGUCCAAACCAUGAAUGUCUGACCUCAGAUAUUUGUGAGAAAAUAAAGAAGGAGUUAUUAAAUUUGGGCUGGGUUACGGAUGUUCUAUAUUCUAUAAAGAAUUAUAAUAAUAUUAUACAUCUCGAUAAUAAUGAUACAGGCAACUUAUAUCCAAAAAAGAGCAGUACUGAAGAGGAGAUACUUGAUUGCCUUAGGACUGUAAUAGAUCCUGACUUAAAUAAAGACAUUGUCAGUUGCAAUUUUGUAAAAGAUUUGGUGAUUGAUCAAAAGAGUAACUGUGUUUCUUUUAAUCUUGAGUUAACAACCCCUGCAUGCCCACUGAAAGAGUUUUUUAAGAAAAGUUGCACAGACGCCAUAAAGAGGAAAUUGAAUUAUAUUAAACAAGUAAAUAUAGAGUUUAGCAGCAAAGCCCCAAAAACAAUUCAGAACUCUGGGACUGCUAAAUUUCAUGAUAAUCUAGCUAAUGUUUCAUAUAUAAUUGCCGUUAGUAGCUGCAAGGGAGGAGUUGGUAAAUCCACAUUGGCAGUUAAUUUUACCUAUACAUUAAGUAUGCAGGGAGCGAAGGUUGGAUUAGUAGACUGUGAUAUAUAUGGUCCUAGUUUAGAACAGUUAGUUCCAGUAAAUUAUACCUCUAUGCAUUAUAUAUCACCUAGUAGCAGUAAUGAACAUGUGUUGAAUAAGCUUAUUAAAGACUCUAAGUGUGGAAUAGCUAGGUCUUCAAUACAGGGAAAUGAAUUCAUUAAUUUAAAUGAUAAAGUGGUAGAAACAGAAGGAAUAGUUCCUGUUUUUUUUGAGGGUGUUGCUCUAAUGAGUUAUUCUUAUCUCUCAAACUCUUUAAAUAAAAAACGAAGAGUUUCUAAUGCUUUUAGAGGACCAAUUGCCAGUUCAAUUGUUCGUCAGUUAAUUACAGGAACAGUUUGGGGUAAUUUAGACUAUUUAAUUUUGGAUUUACCACCUGGAACAGGAGAUAUACAACUAUCUAUAGCUCAAUAUAUACAAGUAGAUGGUGCAAUAAUAAUAACAACUCCUCAGGAUUUGAGUUUAUCAGAUGUAGAGAGGGAACUCCAUUUAUUUAGUAAGCUAAAUAUUCCUGUCUUGGCACUAGUAGAAAACAUGUCUUAUUUUAUUUGUGAUGGAUGUAACAAGAAACACUAUAUUUUCAAGUCUGGAGAUUUUAGCUUUCUUUAUAAUGAAUAUAGAAUAGAACGCAAAUUUUUCUUCCCAAUCUAUCCAGCACUUUCUCAAUGCACAUUUAAAAAUGAAGAUACAAAUUCCGACAUAUUUCCUUUUGUAAAAUCAGCCAGAGACAAUAACUCUGUUUAUCUUGAAUUUAAGCAGCUGGCAGAAUAUAUAGUGAGAAGACUUUCAUCUGAUCGUUAUGCAGGAAUAAGAACUAUUGUAGAUGUGAUGCAUGCAGAAAGGUUUCUUAAAUGCACCCUUGUAAGUGCAAGUAGUAAACUGGGAGUAAAUGAACAACGGGAGCCUAAUAUAGAAAUAUUUUAUGUAUCUUUUGAAGAUGCAAGAAGAUCUUGUAGAUGUGCACUUUGUUUAGAUAGCUGUAAUCAAGAAUGUACAAUACUAAGCGUGGAUAAUUUAAGGAAUAUCAAUUUAAAUAGUAUGAAACCAAUGGGAUCUUACGCUAUUUCUAUUGAAUGGAGCGAUAAUCACAAUAGCAUUUUACCAUAUUCCCUUUUAAGGGAAAUUGCUCAAAAUUCACAAACAAAGGGCAUACAAAGAUCUUGCCGACAAAGUUCACUUAACUGGUGA